ACUCGUUCAAUACUUAUAUCCUUAUCUCCACGACGAGCAAACGCGCUUCCCUUCCUUCUCGCCCUCGUCUGCAGCUCUCUCUUUCCAUUAAUGGCGGCCUCCUUCGCCUCUUCUCUCGUUAGUGCCGGUCCUAGGGUCUCCGUCCCCAGAGCCAUCCUCCGCUCGAGCUCCUCUUCCGCCUUUCCUGCAUUUCGGAAAUGCCCCACUUCGGGGAUCUCCUUCCUCUCUGGUUCCCUCUUCUCCUCGUCGAUUGCUUCUUCUUCGUCUUCUUUGUCUCAUACUCAUAGGAGAGCCCAAUUCGUUAGUGCCUCCCUUAAGGAAGCUGAUUUGCAAUCUAAAGUCACCAGCAAAGUCUACUUUGACAUAAGCAUAGGAAACCCUGUGGGAAACCUGGUUGGGAGGAUUGUGAUUGGGCUUUAUGGUGAUGAUGUCCCCCAAACAGCAGAGAACUUCCGUGCUCUUUGCACAGGUGAGAAGGGCUUUGGUUAUAAAGGAUCUGCAUUUCACCGUGUCAUCAAAGAUUUCAUGAUCCAAGGCGGGGAUUUUGACAAGGGAAAUGGAACUGGUGGAAAAAGUAUCUAUGGUCGCACAUUUAAGGAUGAGAAUUUUAAGUUGGUUCAUACUGGUCCUGGAGUUGUCAGCAUGGCAAAUGCGGGGCCUAACACAAAUGGAAGCCAGUUCUUUAUAUGCACUGUCAAGACACCGUGGCUGGACCAGAGGCAUGUUGUGUUUGGUCAAGUCCUGGAGGGGAUGGAUGUCGUCAAGCUGAUCGAGUCACAGGAGACAGACAGGGGAGAUAAGCCCAAGAAGAAGGUGACCAUUAGUGACUGUGGUGAGCUCCCCAUUGUUUAAGACAAGCCUAGAUUUUAUAUCUUUGACUUGAUAAUUUCAUAUGUAAUCCAUAAUUUGAUUUAUGGAUAUUUGAUGAGCCAUGGAACUAUGUGCAUUUUUGUGCUGAGCGUAGGACCUAAACUGUAGGCUCUGUGAGACUAACUGGUUUCAUCGGUCACCAGAAAACAUGUAAUAAAUCAUGCUUUGGCUCACU